AUGUCAGUUCCGCAGACCAAAUGUCGUGAGUUCUUGGACAAUAAAUUUAAACAGUCUGUUCAGUAUGCACCGUUGGUGACGGAAAAACAUUACCAAACAUUGGGAAGGAACUUGGUGAAAAUCAAUGAUAAUGCAAUCGAGGAUGGGAGGAUUGUAUAUCUAGCCAUUCCCCCCCAUUUCUUCCUUAAGAGCUGUGAGCUGAUUCAUCGCUACUUGAGACCGCAGCAACUGCAAACUGAAGCUGCUUCAUUCUUGCGAAUUGUGGUGGAAAAACCAUUCGGACGAGAUUUUCAAUCGGCUCAUGAACUUGCUACGCACUUACGCAAAAUCUACGGUAAAGAUGAGCUGUAUGUGAUGGAUCACUAUGCCGGCAAGCCCGUUGUUCACGCUCUUCGCGAUUACUUUCAACUUAACGCCGCUGCCCUGCAUCCUGUAUGGAACUCUGAGUUUAUAGAUGACAUACACAUUGAGAUGCUGGAAACAGCAACGUUGGAGAAUCGCGUGCAUUAUUUUGAUAGUGCUGGAAUCAUUCGCGAUAUUGUGGUCAACCACUUGCAAUUGCUCCUAAAUAUUGCGAUAUCACCAUCAUUUGAUAAGCCACUUUCAAUCAGUAAAGCUGCUCAGAAACGUCAUGAGAGCCAAUUGCGUUUUAUCAAGGCACUAAGACCCUCGUGGCAGCAAAACACUCUAUUUGUCGCUAAGUAUGACGAGUACUCUUCACACUACGAUGCUGAAAGGAGUUCUCCUUGCAAUGAAAGUGAUCAUUUUACACCCACAGCUGUUUCAAUCAAGCUCAGAAGCGCAUUAAAGCAAUGGAGAAACACAACUUUUUCCUUUACUGCAGCCAAGGCUACGAAUGAACGUCUUCUAUACAUGAACAUUAAAUUUAAAGCUGGAACGUUUUCAAACGAACUAGCUCGUCAAUGUACUCUCACUGUUACUAUUCAGCGUGCUCAUAAUGCCGACUGCAGCCAAAGUCAUCGAAUCGAAUGGUCUUGCAACGUCAGUAAAAUCUUUCCAGACCUCCUGCCCCCAAGUGGAUGGAAGUUCUUAGACACUGACAAUGACCGUAUCAUCACUCCCGUGAAGAUCCCUAUGGAAAACACUGCUGCAUGGGAGCUUGGAGAUGAAAUUUCAGCGUACGAUUUCUUGCUGUCAGAAGUGGCGAAUGGCGCACUUGAGCAUUUUGCAAAUCUUGAUGAGGUUGAAGCGGCUUGGAAGUUGUGGACUCCAGUGGUGAACGCCGUUGAAAACAUCAAACACGAGUCUAUCGGUGAGACCAAUGACAGUCGAUUGUACUAUUCGCAUUAUCCGAUUGGAACAUCACCUUGGAAGCAUUAUCGCCAGACGUCAAGCACUAGAUCGCAAUUUGUCAAAGAAGAUUUAUAA